ACAAACAGAAGAAUAACUUAAUUGAAUAAUAUUGACAAAAAAAAAUACGUAAUUGAAUAAUAGCUAUUGUUUAAGUUUAUUUUCUCAUAAAAUAAAUGAGAGAGCAAAAAUCACAUGAACCACGGGAGGACACGUGUCGGGUCAAGAGACAGCCAAUUGGAGCAGAGUGGUCUUCGAUAAGACAAGUAUUCUGAGUGGCCCCCUAGCGACAAGAUCGCCGUUCGAUACUCUUCUUGCGAUAUAAAUCACAUGUACAUGUUGGCUUCUUGCGCGAAUUAAUCUUAUGGUCUAGUUUGCACAAUACAUUUUCUUACCCUAUUAUUAUUAUUGUUUUGUUGUUACUCUGUACAUUACCUACUGGGUCCGAUUUAUUUUGGUCAAUAGUUCGUUUUGGUUAGAAGUCUGUGUCUCGAAUUAAUCAUUUGAGCGAAGGAAGAAAAAGUGAUUAAUAAUCUAUCUAAAAGUGUCUGUUUGAUCACCUCAAGAGUUGAAGGUUUUAUAACCGUUAGAUUUCAAGAAGGCUUGAUACAUUUGAACUGUUACAUGUGUCUACAUUGAUGUGCUCAAAAAUACUGCUGAUCCAUCGGAUCAUGUAUCGGCUGAGUUGGGGAGGUUAACAAAUAGUCUUUUAAUCCACUUGUAGCAUACUAACAUUUGUCAAUUGUCUUUAACCAAAAACAAAACCGUCUGGAUCAUAAUUAUAUUUCUAGUCGAACUAAAUCUUAUUUUCUUUUAUCUAAAGAAAGUUGAUAAACUGCUAGGUUUUAUAAAAAUAUUUGGCUAGCCAUUUCUUUUGUUGUAAAGAAAAAGAUAAGCUGAUAGUGUAUGUCUAUGGAUAUACAAACUAGGCCACAAGUCAAGAAGUCACAUCCCUACGUUUUUUUGGUAAUAAUCAUAUCCCUACGUUCUUUGUUUUUGUUUUGUUAUACAUAUCUCCUACCUUAUACGUAUAAACUUACCCGUCUGCUUACCUUUUACUUGUUAUUUAUUUGUUCACAUAUACUGUAAUAUUUAAGUGGCCAAUCAUGAUCUCAUCUUGUACUGUAGCAUAUGUAUGAGUAACAUAUUUCUAUUCGUUGCCCUUUCACAAUAAAGAAUAAUUAUUAAACGCUCAUUUAACAAAGAUUCAACACAUGAUAUUAAAAUCUCGUAUAUAUCUACAUGUUCUUCUUCUACAUAUGCGUAUGUAUACAUGUACAAGUAUAAAACUUUGUAGAAAGCAAAAACAAAGAAAAAAAACACCGAAAAACCAAUUUGCAUGAAAAAAUAAAUAACUAAAACAAAAGAAAAACACCAAGAAGUGCUUUCUUUAAUAGAGAAAGCUCUUCAAGAACCUUAAAACAGUUCUGUUGUAGAGUUUCCGACCAAAAGCCAGUUUCUUCUUUAUCUGAUAGGGAGAAAGAAAGACUUAUGGAAGAAGAUUUACACCAGAUUGUUAAUAGUUGUAACUACAAUGGAGAAGAGGAAGAGCAAGGAGACCCAGAGAGCAACACACUGAACCAGCCUCUGGUUAAGGCUAACCGAACACUAUCUUCAACUCCACUUGCUUUGGUCGGUACAAAGGUUUCUCACAUCGAGAGCUUGGACUAUGAAAUAAACGAGAACGAUUUGUUUAAACAUGAUUGGAGAAAAAGAUCAAAGACACAAGUGCUUCAAUACAUAUUCUUGAAAUGGACAUUCGCUUGUCUUAUCGGUCUAUUCACUGGUCUUAUCGCCACUCUCAUCAACUUAGCCGUCGAAAACAUCGCUGGCUACAAGCUUUUGGCAGUUGGUCACUUCCUCGCCCAAGAAAGGUAUGUAACAGGUCUGAUGGUCUUUGCUGGCGGGAAUCUAGGGCUGACGUUGGUUGCGUCAGUGCUUUGUGUAUGCUUUGCUCCCACGGCUGCUGGGCCUGGCAUUCCUGAGAUCAAAGCUUAUCUUAAUGGCAUCGACACUCCCAACAUGUUUGGUGCUACCACUAUGAUCGUUAAGAUCAUUGGAAGCAUUGGAGCGGUUGCAGCUGGACUUGAUCUAGGCAAAGAAGGUCCUCUAGUUCACAUAGGAACCUGCAUAGCUUCAUUGCUCGGGCAAGGCGGACCAGACAACCACCGGUUAAAGUGGCGGUGGCUUCGUUACUUCAACAACGACAGAGACCGAAGGGAUCUUAUAACGUGUGGCUCAGCAGCUGGAGUCUGUGCAGCCUUCAGGUCACCUGUGGGAGGCGUGCUUUUCGCGCUCGAGGAAGUCGCCACUUGGUGGAGAAGCGCCUUGUUGUGGCGGACUUUCUUCAGCACAGCGGUUGUUGUGGUUGUUCUAAGGGAGUUCAUAGAGAUAUGCAACUCAGGCAAGUGUGGAUUGUUUGGAAGAGGAGGGCUUAUCAUGUUUGAUGUGAGUCAUGUAACUUAUACUUACCAUGCGACUGAUAUAAUCCCUGUCAUGUUGAUUGGUGUCAUCGGUGGAGUUCUUGGGAGUCUCUACAAUCACUUUCUCCAUAAAGUUCUCCGGCUUUACAAUCUCAUCAACCAGAAGGGUAAGAUCCAUAAGGUGCUUCUUGCUCUUACUGUAUCUCUCUUCACAUCGGUUUGUCUCUACGGUCUUCCUUUCUUAGCGAAAUGCACGCCUUGUGACCCCUCCAUAGAAGAGAGAUGCCCAACGAAUGGUAGAUCAGGAAACUUCAAACAGUUCCAUUGCCCAAAAGGCUACUACAGUGAUCUAGCUACUCUGCUUCUCACCACCAACGAUGAUGCUGUCAGGAACAUCUUCUCUUCCAACACUCCUAAUGAGUUCAGCAUGGGCUCCCUCUGGAUAUUCUUUGUUCUCUACUGCAUCUUGGGGCUUUUCACAUUUGGUAUUGCAACGCCGUCUGGUCUCUUCCUCCCAAUCAUCCUCAUGGGUUCUGCGUAUGGAAGAAUGCUUGGUGGGUUGAUGGGAUCUUACACUAGCAUUGACCAAGGGCUUUACGCUGUCCUUGGCGCAGCUUCGCUCAUGGCUGGAUCCAUGAGGAUGACUGUAUCACUCUGUGUUAUAUUUCUUGAACUCACCAACAACCUUCUUUUGCUUCCCAUUACGAUGAUAGUGCUUCUGAUUGCCAAAACUGUGGGAGAUAGCUUUAACCCAAGUAUCUAUGAUAUCAUACUGCAUCUUAAGGGGUUACCUUUCUUGGAAGCGAAUCCGGAGCCGUGGAUGAGGAACCUCUCCGUUGGUGAGCUUGGUGAUGCUAAGCCUCCGGUUGUAACCCUGCAAGGUGUAGAGAAGGUUGCUAAGAUAGUUGAUGUGCUAAGGAACACGACGCAUAAUGCGUUCCCUGUUUUAGAUGAAGCAGAAGUACCUCCUCAAAUGGGUCUAGGAACUGGGGCUAUAGAGCUUCAUGGGUUGAUCCUGAGAGCCCACCUGGUUAAAGUUCUGAAAAAGAGAUGGUUCUUGACAGAGAAGAGAAGAACAGAGGAGUGGGAGGUCAGGGAGAAGUUUCCAUGGGAUGAACUGGCUGAGAGAGAAGACAACUUUGACGAUGUGGCAAUCACAAGCUCUGAGAUGCAAAUGUAUGUUGAUCUUCAUCCUCUCACUAACACAACACCUUACACUGUUAUGGAGAACAUGUCUGUGGCCAAGGCUUUGGUGCUGUUCCGGCAAGUGGGACUCCGACAUUUGCUUAUUGUUCCCAGGAUUCAAGCCUCAGGAAGAUCUCCUGUCAUUGGGAUCUUAACCAGGCAGGAUCUAAGGGCAUACAACAUUCUACAAGCUUUUCCUCACUUGGAAAAAUCCAAAGGUAGAAAAGCACACUGAAUCGCUACUCAAUUUGUUUUACCUGUUGUCUGUAAAAAUGGCUCUGCAGCUAUGUUGUUGUCUUCCCAUUCUUGAAGAUGUUUCUGUCCAGUUUUGCACUUUUUUCUUCAUACCAAACAGAAGACUCAUAAGUUAAAAAUAUUGCACAGAUCUCUUUUAAUA